AUGACAGGCUCAAACAAUACACCUCGAAUCAACCUCGUUCGCAUCGCACAUGUGUUCUACACCCACAAAGACAUCAACAAAGCCCAUGAAUUCUUACUAGACUUUGGCUUCCAGGAAGUCAAACAUGUGGGCAAGGACAUCUAUUAUCGUGGCACUAGUUCCCAGCCGUUUGUGUACUGUGCGCGACAAGGCGAAGAAGAUGUGUUCGGGGGCGCAGCUUUCGUCGUGGAAUCCGAAGCUGACCUUGUCGCUGCGCAGCAACUACCUGGAGCUACAGAGAUAUUCGACUUGAGUGACGCACCUGGCGGUGGUCGCUGUGUCACCUUCCAUGAUCCUGUCGAUGCUUUCCCUUUCCACCUUGUUUACGGGCAAGCAACCUAUGCUGAUGAAAAAGCGCUUCCCCAGCUCGAUUUCAAUUUCCCGACGGAGAAACACCGGCUAGGUAAUAAGAUGCAGCGAUUCCAAAAGGGUCCUGCCCCAGUGCACAAAUUAGGUCAUUUUGGAAUGUGUGUCAGUGAUUUCACCAAGGCGUUUGAUUUCUAUACCACCCGAUUCAACUUCAAGCCAAGUGAUUUGGUCCAUGACUCCACCGGAAGAAAUAUAACCACAUUCCUCCAUCUAGAUCGAGGUUCUGAACUGGUCGACCACCAUUGCUUUUUCUUCUUUGAAGGUCCCAAGCCGCACGUACACCACUCCUCGUUUGAAACGCAUGAUUUCGACACGCAGGUUCUGGGUCAUGAUUGGCUGCGCAGCAAGGGGUAUGAAAACUGUUGGGGUGUAGGACGUCAUAUCAUGGGAAGUCAGAUCUUUGAUUAUUGGUUCGACCCCUCUCGCUUUAUUAUCGAACAUUAUGUUGAUGGUGAUUUGGUUGAUGACCAACACCCUAUCAAUCGAUCCCUUGCCUCACCCGACAGUUUGCAUGUUUGGGGCCCAGAUCUUCCGCCCACCUUCCUGCAGUAA